AUGGCCAGCCUCAACAACGCUUCGUGGUCCAGCGGCCUCUGCGGCUGCUUCAACGACGUCGGCGGCUGCUGCCUGACGUUCUUCUGCCCGUGCGUCGUCUUCGGGAGGAUCGCCGAGAUCGUCGACAUGGGCGCCACAUCUUGCUGUGCGAGCGGGACGGUGUACGCGGCGCUGGCGUCGGCGACGGGGAUGGGCUGCCUCUACUCGUGCGGGUACCGCUCCAGGCUGCGGGAUCAGUACCGGCUCAAGGAGGCGCCCUGCGGCGACUGCUGCGUCCACUGGUUCUGCGAGGCCUGCGCCCUCUGCCAGGAGUACCGCGAGCUCAAGACCCGCGGCUUCGACAUGGCCCUCGGAUGGCAGGCCAACAUGGAGAAGAUGGGGAAGACCACCGCGCCGCAGACGCACGCGGGGAUGACCCGCUAGAGCAUCCAUGCAGCCACCGGUGAUGCAUCCAUGGUCGUCAAUGUCAACU